AAACUAUAUAUGAUGCUCUCUCUGAUUCUCCCGAAUCCAAUUAAGCAUAGAUGAAGUAUAUUACUUGAAAGCUCAAUAUGGAUGCCCUUCCAGGACCGUUAACGACUCUCUUGACGUUGUUUGGAUUCCAAAUACCAAUUGUAAAGCAUAGUCUCACGAAAUUGGUAAAGGACAGCCAUUUCGUUAGUCCCGGGAAGAACACUGCCCUUCAUUUGGCUGCAAGAAUUGGAGACAAGAGGGCUGUGGAAGAGUUACUGAAUCUUGACAGGUCCCUUCUCACUGAAAAGAACAUCAAAGGCAACACCCCACUGCACUUGGCAGCUCGUUUUGGCCAUGUUGAUGUUGUAGAAUUUCUCAUCUUCCGUGCUCAGAAUUUAGACGUGGAAAAUGGAGGAGUAUAUGAGGUAAUUAGUAUGAGAAAUAUGAAAGACGACACGCCAUUGCAUGAAGCUGUUAGAGGUGGUCACCACUCGGUCACCAGACUACUUGUGAAAAAAGUAGUCGAGGCAAAUCGCUCUGAUUUGUUAGCUUCACGGAACAAUGCUGGGGAGUCUCCAUUCUCUAUGGCCAUUGAUGUAAAUUACUUUGGAGAUAUUGUGAGAACAAUCCUAGAUGCAGAGUCCUCCUGUCUUCUGCACAGAGGUCCCAAUGACGAGACACCUCUCCACAGGGCCGUUUUAAGGGAUGAUUUAGGUACUAUAGCAAUUCUACUGGAGAAAAGGCGAGAACUGAUCUCUGAGACAGAUGGCUACGGGAGAACUCCCCUUCACUGUGCUGCAGCCUCCGGUGCCCUUCGGGCAGUCGGCCGUUUGCUACAAGAAGACGCCUCCAUUGCGCUUCUCCAAGAUCGCUAUCAAGCAACCCCUGCCCACUUAGCUGCGAAAAGUGACGAAACACAUUCUUUGAUCACAAUUCUCAUCGCCUGCCCUAAUUCAGUAGAGCUACUCAACCAACACAGCCAAAAUAUCCUUCAUGUAGCAGCUCAAAAUGGGUCCGUUAACGUGGUUAAUUAUAUUCUGAGUUUACUGGAGGCGGAUGACAUGAUCAACGAGCCGGAUAAGGAUGGAAACACACCCUUGCAUCUUGCGGUCAUGAACUUCCAUUCCCGUGUGGUACGUGAUCUUGUCAAGACAAAUGAGGUGGACAUCGGGCCCAUCAACAAUGAUGGUAAAACAGCUCUCGAGAUAGCUCAGGACUACAAGAGAAAUAUGACAACUAAGAAGUCUCUUUUUAAAGUCUUUCAACUCAAAGAAGACAACUUUGAAAAUUGGAGCAUUCAGAUGAAGACUCUGCUUGAUUCCAAAAAUUUAUGGGAAGUCAUAGAAAAAGGCUACCAAGUGCCUGAAGAUGAAUGUAAUCUAUCGCAGACUCAAAGGGAUUAUAUUAGAGAUGCAAGAAAGAAAGAUAAGCAAGCUCUCAGCUACAUCUAUCAAGCUAUAGAUGAAAAUGCUUUUGAGAAGAUAUCGUGUGCAAAUACUGCCAAAGAAGCAUGGGAGAUACUGAAAGACUCUUACAAAACAGUUGACAAGAGAGCGAUGGACAGAAGUUCUUUGAAUGAUGAUGAGGAAGAGGAGGAGGAUAAAAUAAAUGAAACUCAGUUCAUUAUAGAUAUUUUGAAGGCGGCCUAUGCAAAGAGUGCUAGAAACCCAAAGGAUAUCCUGGAUAGAAAGAAACGUGCUUCUAAACAAAUCAACGGUUUCAAGACGCGUAAAGAAAUGGCCGGCGCUCUUAUCUUAAUGGCAACCCUGAUUGCAACGGUCACAUUUGCUGCGGCAUUCACCAUUCCUGGGGGCUUCCAAGCUGAAGAUCCACAUAAAGGCAUGGUGGUGUUAGGUAGGAAUGUGGCUUUUAGAACCUUCAUCAUCACCGACACAAUAGCUAUGACUUCAUCCAUGAUGGCUGCACUGAUCCUAAUCAUCAUGCCGUUCCAGACUGAUGAGGAAAUUAUAAAGAGUUUUCUUGGAUACUCCUUAGCACUGUUAUGGCUGGCACUUAUGGCAAUGGGAAUAGCAUUCGUGACAGGGUUGUAUGCUGUUUUGUCAGAGCAGUUGCCUCUUGCUAUCGUGGUUUGUUGCAUUGGCUGUAUUUUACCGCUCAUAAUCUAUUAUGGCCCUAGUCUUCUUAUGGCCCCUCUAUUGAAAGAACCUUAGAAAUGUUAAAUCUUCAGAAGAAGCAAAUCACUUACUUUGUGUAUUUUAUUGAAAUAUUGAAUAAAGGAUUAUAUUUUGUUUGUUUCA